UCCCGGCUACAAGAGUCAACUGGCGCCAUCAUCACGCGCCCCCGUGCUGCGCUGGCCGGGCGAGCCCGGCCUGCACUCCGACGCAACGCCAUGAUCGACCGGCCCGUCCCUCCUCCCUAUUUAUACCCAAGCCAUGCCAUGCUCAUCACAAACCAGGCCAGCCAGAGCAUCCAGUGGCCGGCGAGCAAGCUGAGUACGUGCUGCCGCUAGCAGGUGCGGUGCUCUAGCUUGUCCCUGGUUGAGAGAUGGAGGCGAGGAUGGCAACGGCGGCGGUGCUCGUGCUGCUGGCGCUGGUGCACGUCGUCCCGGAGGCGUGCCGGGCGGAGCGGUUCGUCGUCGGCGACGCGGCGCGGUGGACGUGGGGGUACAACUACACCGACUGGGUCAUCAGGAAGGGCCCCUUCUUCCAGGACGACAGCCUCGUGUUCACUUACGACCCGCCGAACGCGACGACGCACGCGCACAGCGUGUACAUGAUGCGGAACCUGGCCGACUACCAGUCCUGCAACCUCAAGACGGCCAAGCUGGUGGCCGGCGUGACGGAGGGCGCCGGCGCGGGCUUCGAGUUCGUCCUCAAGAAGCGCAAGAUGCACUACUUCGUCUGCGGCGAGCGCCAAGGCCUCCACUGCACCGCCGGCCAGAUGAAGUUCAUCGUCAAGCCCAAGAGCUCCGUCUGCCGUGACUGACCGCCCGCCCCCUCCUCGCCGGCUAUCCAUGGCGUCCACGGCCUUCGCCGCCGUCUUCUUCUUCUUAAUCAUUUGUUAUACUUGCUGCUUGUAAGUUAUCACAAUUGUUGCAUUCAUAUGUGUCGUGUGGUGUAAACUGUGUUGCGUGAUACGCUAUUUAUGCAUGACUCGGUGCUUGAAUAAAGUAGGGAGUGCGUGUGUGUGUGUGUGUGUGUGUGUGUGAACUGUGGCGUGUGUUGCUACAAAUUAGUGGAGGAUGUAAUGAGAAUGAGGGGCUGUUAGUCCAGGAGUAGCCGGUGUGUCAAUCUCUCAUUUCUACUCCUAAAAAGGCCCUCUGUUCUAGUUUCAACUGAACAUUUGGCUUGAAGUUGCUGUAACAAAUAAAGUGAUGUCAAAAGAGAACAUUUGGCUUGAAGCCUUUCAUGA